UAAUAGGCAUUAAAAUAAUGGUUCCAAUGAAAUAGUAUUAAUCUUAUGAGAUCAUAUUUGACCAAAGACCUGAUGAAGGAAUUUGCCAGGACCAGCAUGACUACAGCGGGGAUGGAUCUGCGUUUGCUGAGAGCGCCCCAAACAACCAUCGCAAUUUUGCCAACUCUGAGCUUCACGGAAAAUGACACCAGCUGCGGGGAGCAGAUUCUUAGCCACGGGAAUGUGGAGAAGGUGCUUAUCGGAGGAGUUCUCACUGUGCUCACUUUGUUCACUAUUUGCGGGAACUUACUUGUGGUGAUAUCCGUGUGCUUUGUGAAGAAGCUGAAACAGCCCUCCAAUUAUCUAAUUGUCUCUCUGGCCGUGGCAGACCUGUCCAUAGCGGUGGCGGUGAUGCCCUUUGUCAGCAUCACGGACCUCAUCGGGGGGCAGUGGAUCUUCGGACAGGUGUUCUGCAACGUUUUCAUUGCCAUGGACGUGAUGUGUUGCACUGCUUCGAUCAUGACCCUGUGUGUAAUAAGCAUAGACAGGUACCUAGGCAUAACUAAACCCUUGACCUACCCUGUGCGACAGAGUGGGAGAUGCAUGGCGAAAGUAGUUCUGUCUGUGUGGCUGCUGUCUGCUUCCAUCACCCUGCCCCCGUUGUUCGGCUGGGCCCAGAACGUCAACGAUGACAAGGUGUGUCUGAUCACCCAAGACGUGGGCUACACCAUCUACUCCACCGCCGUUGCAUUCUACAUCCCCAUGUCGGUGAUGUUGAUGAUGUACUACCGCAUCUACCGAGCAGCCAAGGUGAGCGCCGCCAAGCACACCAUCCAAGGCUUCCCCAAGGCAGAGGACGAGCGUAACAGUGUUGACUGCGUGGCCGCGGCCUUUAAGCUCCAGAAGGAGGUUGAGGAGUGUGCCAGUUUCUCUCGUCUGCUUAAGAACGACAGGAAAAACAUCUCCAUCUUCAAGCGGGAGCAGAAGGCGGCCGCUACGUUGGGGAUCGUUGUGGGGGCCUUCUCUGUCUGCUGGCUGCCCUUCUUCCUGAUGUCCACGGCCAGGCCCUUCAUCUGUGGGGUAGAAUGUAGCUGCGUUCCCCUCUGGGUGGAAAGGUUUCUCCUCUGGCUGGGCUACGCCAACUCCCUCAUCAACCCAUUCAUCUAUGCCUUCUUCAACAGGGACCUGAGGACCACCUACCGUAACAUCUUGCUCUGCAGGUACAGGAACAUUAACCGCAAACUCUCCGCCACCUGCAUGCACGAGGCCAUCAAGCUGGCUGAGAGACCGGAUCUGGAGAUCUAGAACAGUGUUUCUUAAACUUCUCUAACACUUUGCUACAUAAGGACCGGCAAACUAUGGUUUAGAUCAGGGUGUCAAACAUUCGACUGCGGCCUGUGGGUGGUUUGAGUAAUAAAAAAAAACAUCGAUAAUAGUGAUAAUGGACUUAAAUUUUUACAGUCUCUUCACUCUGUCCAUCUUGUUAACAAUCAUCAAAACGAAAGCUUAACAGUCAGGGAGCAUCAAAAUUACAAAAAUGAGGUGCAAAAUGAGUUUGACACCCCUGGUUUAAAUGAAAACUUGGGCUUGACAUAUGACUAAAUUGGAGCAGACAACCAUCUGUGGUCCACAGGUCCACAGACCAGGGGUUGGAAAACACUACUCUCGACUGAGGAAUCCUAUUCAUGAGUAGAGAAGGCUACAUGCAUGUGUAUAGAAUAACUGACAUUAUUGUUCAUACCUGGCACACACAAGAACAUUAGAUCCACAUCUUGUCAGGUUAUACACAGUACAUUUUGCAGUGUUCAUUUCACUUAAAGAGUUCAUUUUAACACUACCUCAGAUAACAUAUAGUCCCACUCUACAGAGUGUAAAAAGUAC